UUGAAUAGGGAAGUUUACAGUGUCGACGGACUUUCAGGGAGUUCACUGUUUGCUAUUAGAGCAAGCAAGACAGAAAGAGCGUUCCCCGAAGAACACUUUCACCACUGGAAGGCGAUAGUCAGACUUACUUCUCUCAACUUUUUUUACAACAGCAUAUUAUACAUGCUAAGACAUCGAAGACGCACGUUUAAAAAAAAAGAAGACAAUUCAACUACCUUGAAUUUUGGGUGUAAUUGCAGCUGCAUCUAUAUAUAUGAGCGAAAUGGAUGUUAUUCCUAUGUGCAGCAUUUUUCAGGAGCUCCAGAUUGUACAUGACACCGGAUACUUUUCAGCUUUACCAUCUCUCGAGGAGUACUGGCAGCAGACAUGUCUGGAGUUGGAGCGGUACCUCCAGAGCGAGCCCUAUGUCUCGGCCACGGACGUCAAGUUUGAGACGAGCCAGGAGGACCUCUGGAUGAUCCUGGCCCGUGGGGACAAGGCCGAGUCCGACCCAAAGAUCCUAACUCACAUUAAGGAGGAAGACAAUCAGGAGGCCAACAGCUUUAACUCCGACGCCAGCAGCGAUGUGUCUGACGGCUCCGAUGACCUCUCCCCUACCCUCGACUUCACCUCCAACCCACUGAGUGACAUUAUGGGAGAGGACCUGAGUUCUACUGUUAUCAGUACUCCACCAUCUUCUCCUGAGGUGAGCAAGGAGGCCUCCUCCAUAUCCUCCCAGGUGUGGAGCGGUAUACAGACCGUGUUACACUCACCUGGGAAAAUACAGCCCGGGGGCAUUGGUGGACGAACGGCCGAGAGGGGAAGCUUAGCCAAUGGAGAGGAUUCUCCAGAUGGGAGGAGGCGGGUCCACAGGUGUCAUUUCAACGGAUGCCGUAAGGUCUACACGAAAAGUUCCCACUUGAAAGCACACCAGCGUACACAUACAGGUGAGAAGCCUUACAGGUGCUCAUGGGAAGGCUGUGAGUGGCGUUUUGCAAGGAGUGAUGAGCUAACCAGACACUUCAGGAAGCACACUGGGGCAAAGCCAUUUAAAUGCAGUCACUGUGACAGGUGUUUCUCUCGCUCGGACCAUUUGGCGCUUCACAUGAAGAGACACAUCUAAGAGCUGGGUCCCAGAGCGGUGUUGAGGGAUGGUCCUGACGGUCUCCUAACCUGCCUGUGGGGAGGUGCAGUGCCCUGAGAGGGGAGGAAGGUGAACAAGGGGAGCGUGCCCCAGUAAAAGCAUGCAGGCAAUUUCUGCACCAUACUUAGUACCUCCAAGACCUCUCGGAGGAAACAGCUCUGAAAGGUCGACACAUUCUGGAAAAAGAAUCACGGAAACCACCAAGGAUGAUGGAGAAUGAAGAGAUCCGCUAGAGAGAAAUAAGAAAAUGUCAGAGGACAAGAAAUAAUAUUUUGUCUUUGUAUGGUGUCUGAUGCUUUGUGGAGUUAGUUCCUGGUCUGGACACAUGCAGCGUUACUACUCCAAUAAACGUGUGUUUCUUGUGAGCUUGUGAGAAUGCCUGUGACUGAGUGCCUGCCUGUGGAUAUAUUACUAUUAAGUGUAUGGUUGUGAGCUGAAUGGCGUUGAGGGGAUGUUGUGUGGGCUGGGGGUUUGUCUCGUUUUGUGGUAAUGAAUGAAUGCAAGCAAAGGUGUUGUGUGGGGCAUUGGUUGAAUCUAGGCUGGGUUUGGCAGUGUGUGUGUGUCCGAGCUGCCAGUUUGAGGUUUGAGAGGGAGCGCCCCCAUCUGAGAGGAGUUGGUAGGACACUCUUAAACGAGGUGGGGAGGAGGGAAGUGGAUUGUUUGGCGCAGGUAUAAAUUGUGCAAUGUAUUAAGUAGCGUGUCUCAAAGUUAAUGCUACCAAGCUCAUUUGUUGUCCAUUGUGUAAGCUCUGUAUCUAAUGGUUGUACACAACAUUAAUACCUUCAUUAUACCAGAAGUUGCAUGAUCUUGGGUUUGUUUGUCACUCAAUGAGUUAUAAUGAUGGUAAAUCCCAAUAACAAGCAGCUAUACAUCUGUUUUACACCAUAGAUACCACAUUAUUGUACAGAAACAUGUAGCAGCGACUUAUUUCCUUUUUUGUGUGUCUGUAGAUAACACUUGCUUGGCAACUGUCUUGCUCAUGGAAUAGCUUAUUUCUGUUCUGUUUAAAAUGAAUUUCUUUAUUUUUGUUUUCCCUCUUUUUCUACAUCUGUAAAUGCACUGUUGACCUUAAUGAUGCCUUAUGUAAGUGGCCUUGUCCAGAUGAAUAGAUCACUCACAUGGGGGGUUGAAAUGCAGUAGUGUAUGAUUUGAAUAGCUUUACUAGGGCGCCGAUUCCUAUGGCCACACCUUUUGCCCUUGUCUAGGUCAGUCUCAAAACUUGAAUAAAAGUCAGCUUUAUAUUUACUGACA